AGGACUGUGCAUGGAAGCCAGGCUGCACUGCCCAAGAAUCUGAUUCCGUGAACGCAAAUCGAGCCCACAAGGGAGUGAAUCGAUCGAGUGACCAUAAAGAGGCUCACAACUCGCGAGUUGUAAGCAAAGCAAGAAUCAAGCCAUGCCUCCCACGCCAACCACCUAACAAAGUCCUCGCUCUCCUUGGGGCUUUUCACACUCUGAGCACCUCCGGUCAGUCGAAGCCGCCGUGCCGGCGUUGUCGCCGCCGCCGAGCUCCUCCACCUCCAUGGACUACAGGUUCUACUGCAUGACCCUCAGGAUGAACAUAGACUGCAAUGGGUGCUACCGGAGGAUCAGAAGGGCUCUUCUCCAGAUGCAAGAGCUGGAGAGCUACCAAAUCGACAAGAAACACGGCCGGGUGAGCGUCUGCGGCGCCUUCAGCCCGCAGGACGUGGCGAUCAAGAUCAGGAAGCGGACCAACCGGCGAGUCGAGAUACUGGAGGUCAGGGAGGCCUCGCCGGCCGGAGAAGGGGAAGGCGCCGGCCACAUGCCCUAAACGAGGCUGGUGUUGAAGUUCUCUCUACCUUCAGCUCUGGUAGACUGUCAACUGGAACCUCUGGAGUGUGACCUGCAGAUCUUUGCAGCAAGGUAGGACCGUCUCAGAGGAUGUAUGCAUCUAGCUGAAUGUAUGUGCUUGGCAUGAUUUACCUUCUUGUAAUGUAGGAAUCCUGCAUCAUUUUGUUCUGUAAGGCUUGCUGGAGCACUAUGAGAAAGUUCAGUGUCCGAUCUGUUAAUUGCUGGAUGACAGUAACAUAGUGCAUCGUACGGGCUUGGAUCAAGUUGAAGGACAAUUUAAUUAUUUCACCACA